AUGUUAUUGUCGGCCGGCGCUAUAGCCGAUGUUGUCGGGGCCAAGCCCAUGUGGAUAACAGGCAGCUAUCUGUUUUGCAUAUUUACUAUAGCGCUUGGUUCGGCAAAGACAGCUCUCCAAAUCAUUCUCUUUCGCACUCUUCUGGGCGUCGCUAUUGCCAUGUGCUUACCUACUGCGGUAGGUCUCAUUACACAUACGUUUCCAAGGGGCUCAUGGCGAAAUACUGCAUUCGCCAUGAACGGGGUGGGGCAGCCGUUAGGCUAUGCUCUCGGUCUAGUUCUGGGUGGUAUAUUCACAGACACAAUCGGCUGGAGAUGGGCCUACUACAUGAUGGCUAUAAUCAACUUUUGUCUCUCGACUGCUUCCAUAUGGUCACUUCCGAACCCCCGUCAUCAUGGAAGUAAGAAGUGGACAAGGCGUUUGGCUGAGAUCGACUGGGUGGGCGCUGUUAUACUCAGUGCAGCCCUAGGACUGUUGAUGUAUGUUCUUGCCAACACAACGUCAUCUUACCUCAGCAUUGGUUAUGCUCAAAAUGCAACCUUGCUCGCAGUAUCGCCAGCUCUGUUGAUAACAUUCCCAUGUUGGAUGCAUUGCCAAAAGAAAAAGGAUCGACAAGCCCUGAUUCCUAAUGCACUGUGGCGUAAAGCAUCCUUUACUUCCGUCUGUGUAUCGAUAUUUUUCUGCUGGGCGUCCCUAAACGGCAUUGAGUAUUUUACGACUCUCUACUUUCAGGAGGUUGAAGGACUUUCUGCGUUACAAAGUUCUAUCCGAUUCAUCCCACACCCUAUAAUGGGUGCAGCUACCAACAUCGCCACAGCAUAUCUUAUUUCCCGUGUGAGCAUUCGAACCUUGAGUGUUGUUUCCGGCUUGGUCACUGUGAUCGCUCCAAUACUCAUGGCAACGAUCAAAGUUGGAGAGAACUACCAGUUUGCUCCGUUUUGGGCUCUCUUCCUCUCGCCUAUGAACCCCGACGGCGUCUUUAACGAGGUGGCUCAGUUUGGCAACAGUGUUGGUUUGGCCGUCACAGCGGCCAUUGCGGCAUCCGUCACUGAGCACUCUCAAAUCGUCGAUCACAGAGAUUCCCUUAUGGAGGGAUACCGUGCUGCAUUCUGGACGAUAUUUGCCUCCACCGCCCUGGUAGUAGCUAUUUCGUACUUUGGGUUUAGGAAAGGAGGAACUGUGGGUAAGAAGGAUGACUAG